UCAGCAUUGCGCAGCCAACCUCCCUCUACUAGGGAGCCCCACUCCAAGAAGGUCCCUAACGGCCUGUAGCCUCUGUGUUUGUUCCAAGUUCCGGUAUCCCAGCACUCACCACCUCGAUAUUGCUGUGACUGACAAAGCUCUAUUGUGCUGUAGUCGCGCUGGGUGCAAGCCCUCAAGUCUUCUCCUCAGGCCUCCCUUUCACAAGCUUGUGGAAAGGCACUGCACUGCAUACACAGUACAGAUGAGCUGAAGAUAGGGCUGAUGGGAUUUCCAGCCUUGUUUCCCGGGUGGAACCGUUGUUACUGCGUUUUAUGGAAGGCUUUGAGCUGUGAGCGCCAGUGAAUUCGUGCAGAAGUCGCUGCUUAGCACACCUGCUGAGCCAAUAGGACGAAGGCGCCCUCCCGCCUGGGGACUCCACCGGUACUAUUCGAGAACCUUAAAGCCACCAGCAUGGUAGGACGGGCGGGGCUCGCUAAAGGAAGUGCGGCGCGCGGCAUUCUGGGCCCGGAAGAGUGGCGCACGCUGCUUUGGACAUCAUGGCCACGUCUCGCGCUCCCAGAAGGCGACUUGCGGAGCUGACAGUGGAUGAGUUCUUGGCCUCCGGCUUUGAGUCCGAGUACGAAUCGGAGCUGGAGGACGUCAUGGAGGUUGCGGCGCGGGAGAAAAAAAGGCGAAGAGUCUUCCCUAGCUCGGAGCAGCGAGGCACGCGCACCUCACCCAGCCCACAUAAGGGAUGUGCUUCUGAGCACAAAGACCAGCUCUCUCGACUGAAGGACAGAGACCCUGAGUUCUACAAGUUCCUGCAGGAGAAUGACCAGAGCCUACUAGACUUCAAUGACUCUGACAGUUCUGAGGAGGAAGAGGAAGAGCAAUUCCACUCCCUGCCAGACAUGCUGGAGGAAGCAAGUGAGACUGAGGAGGAUGGAGGAGAGGACAGUGACACAUUCCCCAGAGGAUUACAAAGGAAGAAGAAUGAGCCUGUACCAGUGACCCUUGCCAUGAUGGAGAGAUGGAAGCAGGGGGCCAUGCACCACCUUACUCCCAAGCUAUUCCAUGAAGUUGUGCAGGCAUUCCGAGCAGCUGUAGCCACCACCCAAGGAGACCAGGAAGCUGCUGAGAUUUGCAGGUUCCAGGUCACAGAUAGUGCUGUGUUCAAUGCUCUGGUUACUUUCUGCAUUAGAGAUCUCUUUGGUUGCCUUCAGAAGCUGCUGUUUGGAAAGGCACUAAAGGAUAGCAGCAGGAUGCUGCUGCCAUCUAGUAGCCCACUCUGGGGGAAGCUCCGUGUGGAUGUCAAGACAUACCUGAGUGCAGUUGUACAGCUGGUAGCCUGUCUGGCUGAAGCCACAGUGUCUGCAGCUGUCCUGCAGCAUGUCAGCAGCUUGGUUCCUUACUACCUGACUUUCCCUAAGCAGUGCCGAAUGUUACUCAAGAGGAUGGUGAUUCUGUGGAGCACGGGUGAAGAAUCUCUGCGUGUCCUGGCCUUCUUGGUACUCAUUAGAGUCUGUCGGCACAAGAAGGAAUCCUUUCUUGGUCCCAUCCUGAAGCAAAUGUACAUCAUGUAUGUGAGAAACUGCAAGUUCACCUCUCCCAGUACCCUACCCCUCAUAAGCUUCAUGCAGCGGACACUGACUGAACUACUUGCCUUGGACCCCAGCAUCUCCUAUCAACAUGCCUUCCUCUACAUCCGCCAGCUUGCAGUCCAUCUGCGGAAUGCCAUGACCACAGGCAAGAAGGAGACAUACCAGUCUGUGUACAACUGGCAGUAUGUGCACUGCCUCUACUUAUGGUGCCGAGUCCUGAGUACACUUGGUUCCAGUGAGGUUCUACAGCCCCUACUCUACCCUCUCUCACAGAUCAUCAUUGGCUGCAUCAAGUUGUUGCCCACUGCCCGCUUUUAUCCAUUGCGCAUGCAUUGUGUGCGUGCCCUGACGCUGCUGUCCCAGACCAUCAGCACCUUCAUCCCUGUUCUGCCCUUCAUUCUCGAGAUUUUCCAGCAGGUGGACUUCAAUAGGCGUCCAGGCCGCAUGAGCUCCAGGCCCAUCAACUUCUCUGUGAUCUUGAAACUGUCCAGUACCAACCUGCAGGAAAAGGCAUACCGGGAUGGCCUUUUGGAGCAGCUGUAUGACCUUAUCCUAGAAUACUUGCACAGCCAGGCCCAUUGCAUUGCCUUCCCAGAGUUGGUGCUGCCCACUGUCCUACAGCUGAAAUCUUUUCUCCGGGAGUGCAAAGUAGCUAACUACUGCCGGCAAGUGCGCCAGCUGCUGGAAAAGGUGCAAGAGAACACAGAACAUAUCCAAAGCCUUCGCCAGAGAGUGACCUUCAGCGUUUCUGACCAAGUGGCAGUGGAUGCUUGGGAGAAGCAGGUCCGAGAAGAGGGGACCCCUCUCACCAGGUACUACAGCCACUGGAGGAAGCUGAGGGACCGUGAGAUCCAGCUGGAGAUCAGUGGCAAAGAACGGCUAGAAGACCUGAACUUCCCUGAGAUCAAAAGGCGGAAAGUGGAAGAAAACAGGAAGGAUGAAGACAGGAAGGAAUUAAAAGACCUGUUUGAGUUGGACAGUUCUGAGGGAGAGGACAGCACAGACUUCUCUGAGAGAGGAAUACCUGGGCUCCUGGGAGCUCACCAAGGAGUGAAAGAGGAAGACCAGGAAGAAGAUAAUGAAGAAGAGGGUGCCAGCAAUUCAGAGGAUGGAGACUCAGACACAGGGGUGGACCCAAGUGAACUGUGGCAGCUGGCUCAGGGGCCACAGGAUGAGCUGGAGGAUCUUCAGCUCUCAGAAGAGGACUGAGGGUCUCCUCACAGGUCUUGGAGGCUUGAGGCAACAACGUGCAGCAAGAGGGCAGUAGACAGGGCUUUAUUGUUACAGCAGAACAAGUGUACUAAGAGCCAUGUUGACCCUGAAAGGGAACUGGUUCUACAUAGCCUUCUGUUACCCCAGCAGGAGGCUAACCCUGACCUACAGAGUAGUCCCAGUUCAGAGCAGGGAGAGUGACUUCAUGGCCUUUCCACUUUGUCUUUGGUUUGUCUGCAGUCCUCUGCAGUUACCCCUAGAACGUUUUUUGUAAAUUCAUUACUUUCCUCUUAAGCCACUUGCUUUCCUUUUAAAAUAUUCAUGAUGUUUUUUGCAUCUAAAAUCAAAAGGAAAAAUACCCUGGGAUAUGGGCAGUUUCAUAGUUAUUGGGGAGUAUGAUGGUUGCCUGCUAGAUCAUUAGAGAAGCUGGGAAGAAUCUGAGGCUCCUGGGAGCAGAGCUAUGGUCCCUGACCCAUUCUCCUGUUUGGGUGAGGCUCGGACUGUGGGUAGGUGGGCCCCCUCAUAUGGGGAGGUGGUGGUUGCGGGGGACAGGAGUUGCUGUCCUGGGCUGAGCUCAGGGGCUUGCAGGCUUGGUGGCUGCAGUGGCAGUGCCACAGGGAAGCUGGCCAUGUAGAAGACACGGCCCAGGCGCUUGGCCACCUACAAAGAGAUGAAGCUGGAUGAAUACCUGCCAGAUAAAGUGGACUGGGAGACCAUCUCCAGUCAUGAAGAGUCUUUAUACCCUCUCUAGAUUGAUGAAAGCACUGGCCAUACUUACUUGUGCUCUGAUCUUGAGGGCAGGCCCUAGCUUCAGUCCCAUAGUAUUCAGAAGAUGCUCUUCUGUAAGUAGAGGCAAAGUCUCUCCAUCUAUUCCUUGUUCUCUGAAUACCUGGGGACAAGAUAUGCCCACAGAAUAGAGUUGUAUGUCUUCUAUGAAAAAUGACUCAGCAAAAGGAAUGGCCCUUUAUGUUGGGUGUGGAGACUGGGAAAUUGCUCAGAACAGGGCCUCCCAGCCUAGCCCCAGGGACCUGCCACUCCCCUCACCCUGGCAUACUCGCCACAGCCAGACAGGCCCCCCACGAAGUUGCAGACGUCAUCUACAGUCCAUUUGUUGACAUCCUCAGGAGCUGUGGUUUCAUCAGUGAAGAUUCCCCCCAUGGUGCCUGGAGAUGGAAAGGAUGUCACUAGGGCUUGGACUUGUCUGUUUCCAUGCAUCCUUCCCCAUGGAUGGUCUUUCUUUUAAUUGUUUAAAGUUCUUGGCUCAAUAACAAAGAAUUUUUCUCCCCAUG